AUGGUCAAGACCUAUAUCGUUGGCUUUGCCGAGGACGAAGACCCCAGCAGUUAUCUCUAUUGGGGGAUGGUUGAAUGCGGUGUCGCCGUCUUUGCUGCGUGUCUACCAACAUUGCAAUUUCUGUUGAGGGCGUUGUCAUGGGAGACACUCACAACAUCUAUAAGGGGAAUGUUCAGCAGGAACUCGAACAGUACUGACCGCAGUAUUCCUGGAGCUAGAGUUGAUCAAACCACCGUGGUUGAGUCUAUCAGGAUGAGGGAAGGGAGAGGUCUACAAAAAGCGUCUAUCCGUAGUGAGACGAGCGAGGACGGGGUUCUACACUCGUCUUCCUCGUAUGUAUAA